AUGAGCAGUACAUUGAUAGAGGUGUUUGGCCAUAUCGUUUUCAGUUUUACACGAAACGUGACAGAGCAUUAUAACCCAACAGAACCUGAUUUUACGGCAGAAUCUUUUGGCUACGAUCCUCUACAGAGCACAGGUCUGGAAUGGAAUUACCUUCCGGUUGAUGAACUUAUUUAUCAAGAACACGAGGACGAUGAAGUCACAAGCCCGGAUUAUUUCGCGGCAAGCAGUCUUAACGUGAGAGUUCUAAACGCCUGUUUACCUGAUGAAAAGCAAGAAAUACAAGACGAACAGCAAAAUAAAGAUAGAGCCAUGGCUUGGAAGAGACUCAGACCAUCCGCCAUCUGCACAGUUUGUAGGUCAAUGUACAUUGGGGCUUUGAUUUCACCGCUGUCUGCUACCAUCAUAGGUUCACUUUAUAUGCUUAUCUCCUACAUCUCCUACCAAACUGAACUCAACUGCCAAUUUCACUCACACGAUUCCAUUCCACUGAAAAUACAAUGGAUUCGAACAUUGUCUCAAGUGAUAGCGUGCGUUUUCCUUUACAUGUGGUUCUUUAUAGCUACGCUUUUCCUUUUCCGACCAUACCAGUUAAAAGGGGUUAAGAGAAAAUUAAUCUUCGUUGUCUUUCUGAUGUUUUGUUUGGAUACACUUUAUCGUGUACUCCUCCAAGCCUAUGGAAUAUCUCAUUCGAAGAUAUCAACAUUAAAAAGGCUGCCACUUAACUUUCUAUUUUUGAUCAGUAUAUGUUGGCAAGUUUAUAUUCUAACUAAUCAUUUCCGCAUACUGUCCAGAGGGCGGCGCCCAAACUUAUUUUUUAAAAUACUGUUGCCAAGCUUAGUUACUUUCCUUCUUGGCAUCCUCAUAACUUCGUUUAUUUACCCCGUGUACAACAAGCAAAACGGGAGAGGAAAAUUAGUAAUUGCCCUCUUUUCGCCCCUCAGUGGGGUUAUCUUCAAAGCGAUCUCCCGAAUUUGCGUUCAGCGGUUAUGGAACAUAACUCAUCCGGGAUAUUCAUAUGUCCUAUUGGUGUCUUGGUAUUUUGGCUCGGCGAUUAUUUUCCGAGUUUUGCAAGCAGAUUUAGACAGUUUGCAGUCCAUUGCCAUUCUUGGGAUAGUCCACGGCUUUGCAGAAGUCAUAGAACGCAGCACCAUGGUUUUUAUUGAUCACAUUUUUCAUGCUAUUUGGAAAAAAAAAUCAGUUCCUUGGGGAAACUUCCGCACUCCUCGCCGUGAGAGACUGAUGGCUGAUGUCGCCAUCAUAAGCAUGUUAUAUGAAUCAGCUGGUAUAGUGUCUGUUAACGGUGGUUUGUACUUGUAUCAACUCAUUUACUUACGAAGCAGUUCACUUUUAAAGCUACUGCAGGAGUUUGCUUUUCGCACCUCAGUUCAGCUGGUCAUUGAAUGGUUUUUCACUAGCGUAUCUCUCGCGAUCGAGACUCACUAUCAGAACAUGGCUGUCAUGGCUGUUUGGCGAAAAAGAUGGAAAAGACACUUUUUGGUAGGGGUAGUAAAUGCCGUGCCUUUAGCUUUGUGGACAAGCAAUUAUCUCAUAGAGAUUGUAAAUGGGCGACUUAAUGAGGCUGAUCAGCCAUGUAAAAUGCCGUUUACCUGA